CGGUAUCUGCAUUCAAUAUGGAUGCUGGGAACCCCACUGGAAUCAAUCAAGGGGCUUCUGAUUUUGGAAUCUACACAUAUCUUAGAUAUACUACAUUAAGGAGCUAGCUGAAAUGGGAAGAGCGCCUUGUUGUGAUAAAAAUGGAUUGAAGAAAGGUCCAUGGACGCAGGAGGAGGAUGCGAAACUCGUGCAAUACAUUCAGGCAAAUGGACCUGGCAACUGGAGAAAUCUUCCCCAGAAUGCUGACCUUCAAAGAUGUGGAAAGAGUUGUCGCCUUCGAUGGACAAACUACUUAAGGCCUGAUAUCAAGAGAGGGAGGUUCUCUUUCGAAGAAGAAGAAGCAAUAAUCCAGUUACACAGAGUCAUGGGAAACAAGUGGUCAGCAAUUGCAGCUCACUUGCCAGGAAGAACUGAUAAUGAAAUAAAAAAUUACUGGAACACUCAUAUCAGGAAGAGGCUUCUUAGGAUGGGUGUUGACCCUGUGACUCAUAGCCCUCGCAUUGAUUUCCAUGACCUAUCAAACAUUCUGGGCUCUGCUCAGCUCAACCUAUCAAACUUAUUGGGGCUUCAAACCGCGGUGAGUCCAGAAUUGUUAGGCCUUGCUAAUUUGCUGUCAUCCAGUCAGUACCAAAACCCAGAUUUAUCGUUUUCACUACAAAAACUUCAACAACUUGAUAACAUUAUUAAGAAUGGAGAUCAAGUGCAAAGCCUUUACUCCAAUCAAUACCAAAAUCUAACUCAAGUAGUGUCGCCUAGUAUUGUAAAUCAAGCGCUACUUAUGGAAGGCAACAUUGGGCAGUAUUUAAGUCCAACAAACUCGGGCUUUGAAAAUUUACAAGGAAAUCAAACAUCUUUAACUGCCCUACAGAACAUGGGCUACUCAGCAUGCAUGGCUGAUGAAAAUUUAACAGAGAGUCCGGACUCACAAUUGAUAAGCAACGAUCAAAGUCGUCAUUUUGAUUCAGGUUUCUCGACACCUAAAUCAAACUCAACGUCAACUCCCUUGAAUUCAUCAUCAACAUUCGUUAAUAGCAUUAGUAAUAAUGAGAAUGCGGGAGACAGAUUUUGCAGCAACGAGCUCACGUUUGAAAUCCCGGAGAGUUUUAAUUUUGACGAAUUUAUAAUGUAAACAGUAUCUCGUGUGAUGAUGGAUUUAUGUAUAGUAUUUGACGCACAUACUCAACUGUGUUCGUAGUCUUCUUCAAUCUGAAUUUUGCUCGUAUACGUUCGGAGUUCGGAUACAUAAAAUGAGCUAGAUACAUAAAAGCUUAGCAUGUGCCCUGAACACACACUAGAUCAAUCAUUAAAAUAAAUAGGCAUUUUCAACACACCUUGACUAGUGUUUCUUUAAUUUAUAUGUGCUGAUCCCAUCAUUCUUAUUCGCAGCCUGUAUUUAUUUCCCGUGCCCUCUGAAUUAUUAUUUUUCUCAAUUUUCCUUAUAGCAAAAACUCCACAAUACAAAGAAUUAUGAAGAUGCUAUCUAUGCAACUAUAAUUACGGGAUAAAUAUCAAGUUGGUGACUCGUUUCGUCCAAAUGUAUCAAUUGAGUGACUGAUUUCCAAAUUGACUCAAAUUAGACACUCAUUAGAAAAAUUUGUAUCAAAAAUAUUACUCUAUCGUUAGUCGAAAUUUUGAAAAUAUUAUAUAUUGAGUUUCACACAUUUUUUAUGAAUGGUAUUACAUCCAAAUGAAAGAUUCCGAGUCCUAUUAUUUUUGCUAAUUUAUUUUUAAUUUUUUGAUUGUUUUAUUUGAUUUAAAUAAA